GGCUGUAAGAGCGAGGCAGAUGCUGCACCGUACUGUUUACAGCUGCUGUUUUAGGCAAAACUAACAAGCAACAAUAUAGUUGUUGCAGUUACAUAUUCAUAAGAAAAGUGGAGUUUAUUUUUUUCAAUUAAAUUUGUAAUCAUGAGUCAACGACAGGUUUUACAAGUGUUUGAGCAGUAUCAGAAAUCAAGGACACAGUUUGUGCAGACUAUUGCUGAGCUUGCGACAAGACCGCAAAACAUUGAAACUUUACAAAAUGCUGGUGUGAUGUCCCUGCUGAGGCCUUUACUGCUAGAUGUGGUUCCUACCAUCCAGCAGACAGCUGCUCUGGCUCUGGGAAGACUGGCCAGCUACAAUGAAGAUCUGGCAGAGGCCGUCGUCAAGGGAGACAUCCUCCCACAACUCAUCUACUCCCUGGCCGAGCAGAACCGGUUCUAUAAGAAGGCAGCAGCAUUUGUCCUGCGUGCAGUGGCCAAGCACAGCCCUGCUUUGGCCCAGGCCGUGGUGGACUGUGGGGCGCUGGACGCUCUGGUCAUCUCUCUGGAGGAGUUUGACCCUGACGUCAAGGAGGCUGCUGCCUGGGCUCUGGGGUACAUUGCACGCCACAAUGCAAACCUGUCUCAGGAGGUAGUGGAUGCGGGGGCCGUUCCUCUGCUGGUGCUGUGUAUCCAGGAACCAGAGGUGGCCCUGAAACGCAUCGCUGCCUCGGCCCUCAGCGACAUCACCAAGCACUCCCCUGAGCUGGCUCAGACUGUGGUCGACACCGGCGCCAUCGCACACCUGGCCCAGAUGAUUCUCAACCCCGACGCCAAGCUGAAGAGGCAGGUGUUCUCUGCGCUGAGUCAGAUCAGUAAGCACUCAGUGGACCUGGCUGAGAUGGUGGUGGAGGCAGAGAUCUUCCCUGCUGUCCUGGCCUGCCUCCGAGACCCUGACGAGUAUGUCAAGAAGAACGUCACCACGCUGAUGAGAGAGAUCACCAAACACACACCUGAGCUGUCUCAGAUGAUCGUGAACACGGGUGGUGUGGCGGCCGUGAUUGACUACCUGGGUGAUAGCCAUGGUAACGUGCGGUUGCCAGGGAUCAUGAUGCUUGGAUACGUGGCUGCUCACUCUGAAAACCUUGCCAUGGCCGUCAUCGUCUCUAAGGGGGUGCCCCAGCUGGCCAUCUGUCUGUCUGAGGAGCCAGAGGAACAUAUCAAGGCAGCAACAGCGUGGGCGUUUGGCCAGAUCGGCCGCCACACCCCGGAGCACGCCAGGGCCGUUGCCACGGCUAACAUCCUGCCCAGCCUGCUGGCUCUCUACAUGGACACAGACAGCUCCGAGGACCUGCAGGUCAAGGCUAAGAAGGCUCUUAAGAGCAUCCUACCAAAGUGCAACUACCUGCCUGCUCUGGAGCCCCUGCUCUACGAAGCUCCCAGCAACAUCCUGAAACACGUCGUCUGCCAGUUCAGCAAGGUGCUGCCGCAUGACAGCAAGGCUCGUCGUCUGUUUGUGACCAGUGGAGGCUUGAAGAAGGUUCAGGAGAUUAAGGCUGAUCCUGGAUCUGCCCUGCAGGAGUACAUCAACACUAUCAACAGCUGUUACCCUGAGGAGAUAGUCAGAUACUACUCCCCCGGCUACUCAGAGACUCUGCUGGAGCGGGUAGAGAAGUACCAGCCUGUCUGAGGGUCUGGGGCUCACAUCCCCUCCUUACUGACACUGAAUGGGAUAUUAUCGUUUUACUGUUUCACCCUCAUCCAUGAAUAUGAGGACAGAAGACUCUAUAAAACAUGAUU